AUGAGACUUGUCAUCCCACUGUGCCUACUCAGCCUCAUUCUGGGGAUCAAGGCACAGAUACCACUCGACUGUAUAACCAGCCCUACAAACAGGCCUCCAGAAAAUGAAGAUAUUUCCGUGACCUGCGGGACAGACUAUGUGGAACUGGCCAUCUACAUUUGCCCCAUGUACCAGGCUCUUUACAAUGAGUCUCUGAUGGUUCUCAACGGUCAGUCUAGCACGCCUGAGUGUUUUGGCACAGCUGACUGGACCGUUACUCCACCAGUACUGAGAUUCAGAUUCCCUUUAAAUGAAAGUGCCCUCACAGCCUGUGGUAAUGGCUUCAAGAUAUUCAAUCGAACUGGAACAGGAUACUAUUCUGACUACUCAAUGAUUCAGUUUGUCAACAUUUCUGGCAUAAUUAACUCUAUAGACCCCUCUCAGACGAUGAUCACCUAUCGGCCACAAAUCUUGUACAUGUUUUCCUGCUUGUACCCACUGCAGUAUCUCCUGAACAACACUCGUCUGGAUGUGUCAGGUGUGAAUCUUGCCAUAAAUGACAACAAUGGCAGCUUCGUCAGCACGCUGGAUAUUGCGUUCUACGAGAAUGAGCAACGCACAAACAUUAUGUUCAUUCCAGUAACAGGAUUAAGACUGAAGACCAAAAUUUAUGUUGCAGUCAUAGCUACUGAUCUCACAAAGAGGUUCAACGUGCUGCUGGACAGGUGUUAUGCAACAACAACAUCAUAUCCUGACUAUGACACAUACUAUGACCUCUUUGUAGGGUGUAACCGUGACGCACAAACCCAAAUGGAGCUUAAUGGAGUGGCUCAACACGCAUACUUCUCCUUUGAGGCCUUCAGAUUUGUUGAGCACAGCAAUCGGACAGUUUCCACUUUCUACCUACACUGCGUCGUAAGACUCUGUGAGGUGUCUCAGUGUAGCAGCUUGUUGCCUGACUGUUCAGCUGCACAAAAAAGAAGAAAAAGAGAGGCCGGGGAUGGUUACCCUAAUGCUACAAUCACUUCCAAGGCAAUUUAUGUGGGAGAAAAAUCUGUUGAGGAUGGCCAAACUUUCUCUGUUCCUUACAGUACAAACAAUGAGAGCAACUACAGCAGCCCUGUGGUGGGCGUUAUCGUCUGCAUUGUCAUCCUGGCUGUCCUCCUUGUUGCGAUGGGUGGCUACUUUGUAUUUUACACCAGAAGGAUAAAACCAGCCCUUCAGUAA